GAGAGAGACUUUCAAAAACAAAAUGAGCGAGAGAGAGUGACACACUGAAAAGCACUAAGUUUUCAAUAAGGAAACUGAAGACAUUUUACAUCUGGAGUACUUUUGAAGACACAAGCCUGGGACAAGUUCAACACCGGGUAUGAACUCUCAGACCAGGCCUAGCAGUGGGAGGAGUGGAGAUUGAAAACAGCUUCAGUAGAGCUCAUCUGCUUUAUCAGGAUGGGCUGCGCUUGCAGUGGCCAGAAACAAGAUGACAGUUUCCACAAAGGAAAACAAAACUCUCAUGCCUACCAAUCACCAAAUCACAUCGCACGAAGUGGAAACACCUCCUCUGAUAAUGAUGACAUCGUGUUUAUCGCACAACAUGACUUCAAAGCAACCAACGACAGUGAUCUACCUUUCAGAAAGGGAGACAAACUUAAGGUUUUGCAAGAAAAUGGAGAAUGGUGGCUGGCUCAGUUGUUGUCAACCGGACAGGAGGGCUUCAUACCAUGUAAUUAUGUAGCCAGAGCAGAUACGCUGGAGGUGGAAAAAUGGUUCUUCAAGAACAUAGGUAGGAGAGAGACUGAACGAAUGCUUUUAGCACCUGGAAAUAAACCAGGUGCCUUCCUGGUCCGAGAAAGUGAGACUUCUGCAGGGUCCUUCUCGCUGUCAGUCAGAGAUUCGGUAGAAGACCAAGGAGAUGUGGUAAAACACUACAAGAUCCGCACUAUGGACAAAGGUGGUUACUACAUCUCCCCCUCCAAAACGUUCCCAUCUCUACAGGAGCUGGUUAAAUACUACACCCGUACAGCAGACGGUUUGUGUCAGCGGCUGUAUGCUCCUUGUAAGGCUAAAGAACCCCAGCAGCCAUGGGCACAUGAUGAAUGGGAGAUUCCUCGAGAGACACUGAAAAUGGUGAAGAAGCUGGGGGCCGGGCAGUUUGGAGAAGUGUGGAUGGGUUACUAUAAGAGCACCCAGAAGGUUGCUAUUAAGACCUUAAAGGAAGGCACCAUGGAGCCUGCGGCCUUCCUUCAGGAGGCCAACCUGAUGAAGCAGCUGCAGCAUGACCGACUGGUGCGACUCCAUGCUGUGGUCACUAAGGAGCCCAUUCUUAUUGUCACAGAGUUUAUGAUCAAUGGAUGUCUUCUUGACUUUCUAAAAACAGACGAAGGGAAAAAGCUAAAGCUAAACAAGCUGAUAGAUAUGUCAGCACAGAUUGCUGAAGGCAUGGCAUACAUCGAGAAGAAGAACUACAUCCACCGAGACGUGCGUGCAGCAAACAUACUGGUCAAUGAGACCUUGCACUGCAAGAUAGCAGACUUUGGCUUGGCAAGGAUCAUCGAAUCAGAAUACACGGCUCAUGAAGGUGCUAAAUUUCCCAUCAAAUGGACGGCUCCCGAGGCCAUCAAUUUUGGCACGUUCAGCAUCAAGUCAGACGUCUGGUCCUUUGGGAUCCUCCUGACAGAAAUAGUCACCUAUGGAAGAAUACCAUACCCAGGGAUGACAAACCCAGAGGUGAUCCGGUGCCUGGACAGGUCGUACAGGAUGCCGUGUCCAGAUGGCUGUCCUAAGGAACUCUAUGAGAUCAUGAUGAUAUGCUGGAAGGAGAAGCCUGAGGAACGGCCAACAUUUGAAUUUCUGCAAAACAUACUCAACGACUUCUUUAUCGCCACGGAGGGACAAUAUGAGAUGCAGCCAUGAUGAAAGAAAACGUUUCCAGUUGUUUACUGAAGACAAUAAAAAGGCCUGAAGAGAGACUUGAACGGAUAGAGGAUCAACCAAAAAUCUUUAUGAUUGAUACAAUUUAUUUUUUUAAGCAAGUGAAAUGGACAUACCUUUUUAUGCCUUUUUUAUGAGUGAAUGUAAAAAGCUGUUUAUGGCUUCUCCUGUCUCUAAAGCAUCUGAAAGAAUGUCAGUGAUCACUGCAAAGUCAGAAAACAACAUUCAGAACCUCAAAGGCCUAAUUUUAUUACAUUGACUUUACUCCUGCCUUUGAUGGCUCCCACCCUUGACGGCAACCACAGAGCAUGAAGACACAUGAUAUGGAAAUACAAAUACAUGCCCAAAGUAAAACGACCUUUGGACCCGGGGAAGUCGGCAAAGGUAAAGUUGCAGAUUAAAUAUUUGCAUGGUACAGAGACGAGCAGCCUGAGAUUACAACCACGAUACUUUGCACUUUUAAAAAAAAAUUCCUUCUGUCAUUCAGCUGAUAUAUAGAAAAGAAAGGGCCUUUUAAAGAGAAUUUAUAC